AUUACACGUGUUAGGAAGAGUGUUUAGCACGGAGUCUGCUCAUAUACUUCCUAUCAUUUAUAACCGGAUACUCUCCGGGAUUUUCAUCAUUAUCUGCCAAGCAGUCUCACUGCAAGCAUUAUCACCGUGAUUAUUAUUACUUAAAAAAAUAUUAAGCUCAUUUUGCUUACUGUUAAUUAUCAUCAAGUUAUUUAAUAUCUGCUGCUAAUUUCGUAUAUUUUAUUGUCAAUUAUCGUGCAAUAUCUGCAAGUUUUUGUAUUCUUCAUCUAUCUUUGGGAUUAAGUUAAUCAAGUUUUGUUGUCAGAAGAAUAUUUCAAUUAAUUUACAAAGUUCCAUUUGUAAAUUCAAUUAUAUCAGCGCUCUAACUCUAUUAAAAGUGGAAACUCAUCAAAUUCGAUUUAUAUUAUUUUUGCAAUAUUGAUAAAAGUAGCAAAACUGGAAGUGUCAAUCAAUCAUUCGUCCGGUAAAAAUGGCGAGGCAAUCAAUAUCGGAUCGAAAAAUCCCUCAUCUGAGGGACAUCUUUGGUUUCGACAACAACAACAACAACAACAACAACCAGGUGCAAUUGGAAAAACUUGGGAAACUGGAAGAGACGUCAUUAAGCAACAAUCAGAUGAAUCAGACGCGGAACCGCGAUUACAGCAAAAUUCUAACCGAGAGAGACGUAAAGCACUUAGAACAGCACCUGUCGAUGAAGAAGACUAUCCGUAAGAAGAUAAUGAGAGACUUGCAACAAGCGUUUGUAGAAGACCCCAACGAAUUUAGAGUGGAUGAUGAUAUCCCUCUAGAGAAGCUAAAAGCUGAAAUUAAUUAUCGAAGCUUGAGCUUCGGUUUUCCUUCACAAAAACAUCGAUGCGCGAUAGGAAAUACUGAAAGUACAUUCCUGGAAAUGCUUCGUGCCGAUGGAGAAGGAUUUGACAAACGUCUAACGAAUGGCUAUGGCUAUGACUCGUCUCGUAGUAGAUCUCCAGAAAGAAUGCCUUCAAUCGUAAUAACACAUCAUUUUGAUACAGACGAAGAUUCAACUAACUCUUACGAUUCAUUAGAAACUACGCUCACUCCAAAAGAAAAUUCUAAAUUUUGGAGACGUUUCACAAUUAAGAAUCCUGACAAGCGAUGAAUAUCAUAACUCGGUUUGUUUUACUAAAAAUAUUAUUUUUAAUUUAAAUAAUAUUUAUUUAAACAGCUGUAUUUGUAUUUUAUCAUGAAC